AGCUUAUUAAACAUGGACAUACAGUAAAAAAUAAAAAAUCUUCAAUUUUACGGGGUGCUGUGGUUCAAUUUAGGGGUGCUGCAGCACCCCCAAAAAUGGGCUAGAAACGCCUAUGUAUUAUGGUAACACUUUACUAUGGGGAACAUAGAUGUCACUUUAGUAUGGGGAACAUAUUCUAAGUAACAAAAACUCAAUUUAGAGUAAUUUAACCCUAUUAACACUUGUACUUUUGUGUUUUGCUAUGUAAGGACAGACCAUGUUCAUUACGUGUUGGUAAGGGAGAAUAACUCCUCUUGUGGUACUACCACCUUAUAAAGUACGCACCUACUUAAUGGUGUAUAUGUUCCCCAUACUAAGGUGUCACCCAUAUUAUUUAUUACCACGUUUCUCUUCAGGUCGCGUAAACCUUUCGCCUUUUACUAGAGCUCCGUGCAGCGUGAUAAUACCCCAGCUCGCCGGUAGAGGGCGCUCCAAGACAACGUCCGGCUUCGCGACAUUUGGCGGAGACGAGCGCCGAGACCGUUGCUACGUAGCGUGCGUACCACAGAGAAUAAAUGUGCGUCUCAUAUCGUCUCCUUUCUCUGUCUGUUUAUCAGUGAAAUCCGUAUUUCAUUCAGCGAGGACGAAGCAGCGCGUCCCCCACUGCAGCCCUCCCCCUGCCCGUGGCAUGGGCGUGACAGCUGCGCAGCAGCAGCAGCAACAACAACAACAGCAUCCCCGCUUCCGGUUUCUCGAUCCGGCUGUCACGCUCCAGCGUCUCUGCUAGCGGGGAUCGCGGCGUCAGCAGCUUUGCGCACACCGGGACCCGGCCCGCCGCCGUCCUUUAUGCUGCGUCCGAGCGUCGGCGGCUGCGGUGCUUCGUGUUACAGCGGAGGGGGCGUCUCGUCAGCCACUCGGCCUCGUUCGCUGGGGCUUUAGCAGCUGCGCUAGCUGGUUCCCACCACGGUUUAGUAUGAGCGAAGGGGACGUGUUCCACGAAAAACAACGACUGGAGCUGUGCGCCAUCCAUGCCUUGAACAACGUGCUGCAGGAGCGAGUGUUCACCAAGGAGGCGGCCGACGACAUCUGCAAACGGCUAGCCCCACAAUGUGUGGUGAACCCACACCGCUCCAUGCUGGGCACGGGGAACUACGAUGUGAACGUUAUCAUGGCGGCGCUGCAGAGCCGGGAACUGGCUGCGGUGUGGUGGGACAAACGCAGGACAGUACAGAGCCUCUGCGUGUCAAAAGUCCAGGGAUUCAUACUGAACGUCCCGUCACACGUGUCACUUGGGAUAGUGUCCCUCCCACUCAGGAGACGCCACUGGCUUGCGGUGCGGCAGGUUAACGGACAGUACUACAACCUUGACUCGAAACUCAAGAGCCCGGUCUGCAUUGGUGGAGAGGCGGAGUUACGCACAUUUCUCAGUGAACAGCUCUCUCAGGACGUGGCGGAGAUGCUGCUCGUCGUGCGGCGAGACGUGGAGGAGGACGGUUCGUGGCUGAAUUCCGACGACCUCAGGAAGUGAUCCCUCCUGAAAAGACGUACCUAAACACAGCAUGGAAAGAGACUC